AUCACAGGAUUCCACCCAAUUUCUAUUCUCCCCCCUUUAUGCCAAACUAUAUUAGUUGUAAAACAUCAAUUUGGAAAAAGGUUUGUAUAUAAGGCCCCCAAAUUCCGAGCCUUAACCCGUAUCUCAAGGAGACCAAUCAAACCAAUCAUAUUUUUAUGGAUGGAUUUCUUCACCUUAGCCUACUUUGAUUGGUUGUUAAUCCCCCUGAUGUUCCAAGCAGCUAUUAAAUCCAUGGUUUUGAAGAGGUUCUCCCCCUCUUCCUGUAUUCUCUCCUUCACCAGAUGGGUCUGGUUCAUCCAUAUCCAGAACAAGGAAAGGAUUCUCUGUAUUGAUGAUAACCCCUUUCUUUUCCUUCAGAUCAUUCCCUUUUCCUCUUCUAGUAAUCUGUUGAAAACCCUCAUGCUUGUUCUCUUUUUCCUCCUUUGGCUUAAUGUCAGGUUUGACAUUUCAUUGCUGCCUGCCUGCCCUAUGUUUCUUGCACUCUUAAGUGGUAUGUCCAAUCCCUUUGUAAUGGUUGCAAAUGAUUGGUUUCCACUCAUAAUGCACCUGGUUUUCCACUUACCUUUCCUUCUCAUCUUCAAACUAGAUGGUAUCAGGUAA